AUGUACCAUCACAAACGCCAAACUCUCUCCCUGACCAACCCCGCCGCACCCUCAUCUACCAUUCUCGUAACCACUCCUCUUGUAUCGAUUUCCGGUUCCGGUGCCCCCUCGCAAACUGCAUCUCCAACAACAACAGUCCCACAAACCGAGCAAACCAUCCCUCCCGUACCAGAUGCAGCAAACGCUCCACCAUUACCAACGCCCUUUCCACAACCGUACGACUCAACGGGCACGAAUUUCGUCACGACGCAGACUUGCGCCAAUUUCUUUACGAAUAUGACGCAAUCGUCUGCGUUUCGGACGUGCAGACCUUUUAGCUUGUUAGAGCAGUUUAGUAAUGAUUUUAUCGAGGCUCAGGAAAACCUCACCACGCUCAACGCACUGAUCUACGGAACCUGCAACACCGAUACACCCCUUUCGACAUGUACAGCCAAUAUGAACUGGUUCGCUUCCUCACUCACCACCUCAUGCGCCGAUGAACUCAAACAGAAGAACUCGCAAAAUCCCGUUCAACAAACCUUAUUCGGAUUACAGUCGUAUGAACUACUAAGGAAUGGCUCGUGUUUGGUGAACCAAGCGUCGAACACUUAUUGCUACGCCGCUGCUGCACAUUCAUCCUCUCCAGCAGACCUUUACCUGUAUCAAUUGCCGCUGGGUGUACCGUUCCCGGUGAAUACGACGAGCCCGAGUUGUAGUACGUGUGCGAAGACUUUGUUGGGAUUAUAUGCGGAUGCUUUGCAGGGUUCGGAUGGGAGUUCGGAUGGAAGUGGUGAUGGGGGGAGUGUAGAUGGAUUGAAGGCGACAUAUGAGGAUGCGGCGAACCAGGCGGAGACUGCGUGUGGGACUGGGUAUGCGCUUGUGGGGCUUGCUAGUAGUGCGCAGGGAACAAGAAUUGGCAUACCUAAGAUGGGAAUGGGAAGAGGAAUGGUACUUGCGCUAAUGGUUUGGGCUUUGGUGGAGGUGUUGGUGUGGUUAUGA